AUGUGCCAGGAGAGCAGCCUGCCCCCGAGGGAAGCCAACCCCAGCACACACAGGCAUCCCAUGUCCAUCUACUUUGAUUCGGCCUCGAAUAUCUCUACGUCGUGCUCAGGCCCGGUUAUGACCAGGAUGAGCAGGGUGACAAUCUAUUGGACCGCCGGUCUUCUUUGGAGGUAUGCCCCAAAGCUGCUCCUCUGUGAUCGCACACUUACGCACCUUGUGAGCGAGCCUGAGCGCAACCAUGCCACCCUGGAAACCCAUAUUGUUUCUGCCCUGCAGUACGGCAUCUUCGGUGUCUUGUUUACCCUAAGCAAGGAGAAAUCUGAAAAUCGCAUCCGCAUCCGAUGGGUGCUGCUCAAGAUUCUUCUGGAUGGCUGGCAGCUAUUCACGACUGUCAUAAUGCCCGAGCGGCAAGCAUGGACUAUCAAUCCCGAUGGAACAUUAUUGUGCACCGGGCUUGGGCAAUCGUUGGGGUGCUCAACUUCACUUGGCUCGGAGACCUGGGAUGACAUGGACCAGCAGAGGGCCCUUUGCAUUUCUUGCAUAUUUGGGAGCGGCCAGCUGGAGCCUUCCGGGUCCCUGCAGCGGGUUGAACCGCUUGCAGCAGCCUUGUAUAAAGCAUCCAUAUGCGUUUCUAAGCUGCCCAAGCGCGCACCGGAAGAGGAGGAAAACCCGGGCUACGGUGCAUACCUUGCUGUUCUAUACUCCAUGCUGGCUUUGCUGUCGAUCAACAUUGCCAUGUGCGUUUGGGUAGCCUGGUGCUUCAAGGAGCACAAGUUCCCCGUUGUGUGGCCCAUUAAGGUGCUGCGCGUCUUCAGCAGCGUAUUCUUUCAGGCUUUUGACGUAGCUUCGCUUAACCUGCUGCAGCUCGGUAUAACGUGUCGAUUCACCGGGACGAGCCGAGACGAGCCGAAACUACACUUCGACCUCUUUCCACAGUACAGCUGUACGAAGCCUCCGCACAUCAUGCACGCUGUGGUUUCGGCGCUCUGCCUUAUCCUCUUCGUCGCCAUAGCGCUACUGUUGAACAUGGCCGAGGUCGAGGUGAACCCCUUGUCUCGGCGCCCGAUGGCUCUGGGGCACAGCGGGGCAGAAGUAAUGGCAUUCGGAAUUAAGACGCUGAUACUUUCUUCUAAACCCUGGUACCGUCCUAGGGGCAUGCCCACCAUAACGAUGCUUGACGCAGUGGUUAAGAUGCUAGCCAGCAGGGUUUAG